AGGAAGAGAAACUAAUUGUGGUGGCAAAAAACAAGUUGGAGACUGUGAGCCUCCAGCAGAAAACUCUUCAAUAUCUUGCACGUUUCAGACUUCACUACUCCCAUCAGCUUGGAGGUAACAUGUGGCUCUUGACAGCUCUGCUCCUUUGGGUGCCAGCUGGUGCGCAAAUGGACCCCUCAAAGGCAGUGAUCACCUUGCAACCUCCAUGGGUCAGUGUGUUCCAAGAGGAAAAUGUAAACUUAUGGUGUGAGGGACCCCGUUUACCUGGGGACACCUCUACACAGUGGUCUCUCAAUGGCACAGCCAUUCACACCUUGACCCCCAAACACAGAAUUGCUGCUGCCAGUGUCAAUGACAAUGGUGAAUACAGGUGCCAGACAGGUCUCUCAGUGCCAAGUGACCCAGUACAGCUGGAAGUGCACAGGGAUUGGCUACUACUCCAGGUCUCUAGCAGAGUUGUCACGGAAGGGGAACCUCUGACCUUGAGGUGUCAUGGAUGGAAGAAUAAGACCAUAUACAAUGUGCUUUUCUACCAAAAUGGCAAGGUCUUUAAAUUUUCUACUGGGAAUUCUGAAUUCACCAUUCUGAAAACCAACCUGAGUCACAAUGGCAUCUAUCACUGCUCAGCCAUGGGAAAGCAACGCUUUGAAUCAGCAGGAGUAUAUAUCACUGUAAAAGAGCUAUUUCCAGCCCCAGUGCUAAAAGUAUCUUUGUCAUCACCCAUCCUGGAGGGGCAUCUGGUCAACCUGAGCUGUGAAACAAAGUUGCUCCUACAGAGACCUGGUUUGCAGCUUUACUUCUCCUUCUACAUGGGCAGCAAGACCCUACUGAGCAGGAACACAGCCUCUGAAUACCAGAUACUAAGUGCUACGAGAGAAGAUUCGGGCUUAUACUGGUGUGAGGCUACCACGGAAGAUGGCAGCAUGGUCAAGCGCAGCCCCGAGUUGGAGCUUCAGGUGCUUGGCCUCCAGACACAACCUCCUAUUUGGUUUCACGUUCUUUUCUAUCUGCCAGUGGGAAUACUGUUUUUGGUGGACACCAUUUUCUGUAUGAUUAUAUAUAAGGAACUGGAAAGAAAGAAAAAGUGCAAUUUAGAAGUCUCUUUGGACUCCGGUCAAAAGAAAAGAGUAAACUCCUACCUUCAAGAAGAGAGCUAUUUAGAAGAGCCAUAAUGUCAUGAACAAGAGCACUGCAAGAAAGGACAUACCAGAAGCCCCUGGAAGGAGGGCCAUAGCAGUGGCCCAGCUGGUGCCCACGGACCCAGACAGUCCCUCCCCUUCUUCUCUGUGCAAGCACUGGGGUGCAAACAUCCCAAAGUUUAAAGACAUUAAAACUGUGACUCCCAUGACAUCUGAUUAACUCUGAAAUAAAACAAACAAAUGAGCUGA